GAGACUUUUAGCUGCCUGAGUAAUUUAUUUGAAAAUGCAAAACUUUACGAAGUCUUUAUUUUGUUGACACCAAUGGAAUAAAAAAAUGUUUAGGAUAAUUAUUUUACCAACAUAAUAAUUAACGCUGAACCUCGAGGACCCAUAACAGUCGUCGAAAGCGGUUUGUUGAUACCUCUUAUUUAUGCGACACACUUCCGUUUAGACCCCAAACUGGCAGAAAGUCCGCCAUGGGUUCGAAAUCACGACGCAGGUCCCGAUCUAAGUCCAGAAAUCGAAGCCAGGAUCGACGAAACAGGUCCAAAUUGAGCAGGUCACGAUCUCCGGAGGAAAGGAGAGGUCGCAGUCGGUCUCCGGACAUUAAAAAACCCGUCCGUGACCGUGGAAGAGCGAGCACCAGAGACGAUGGCUCUCCAGUCCGACGUCGGCCUCAACACAAAAACGAUUCAGAGUCCAAUAGCGGUUCAGAGAGCGAAAGAAGACAUCGAAUAAUUCGCCAGAGGAGCAAGUCUAAGACUCCGUCGUCGAGUCCUGAUUCAGAUCAUUCCAAGAUGAGAGGGAGGAAGAAGGAAAUCGAUAAUCGUCGUGGAACGUCAAGAGAAAGGAGAAAGGAAAGGUCCCAUUCCAGCUCUGACUCGCAUGGAGGAAGUAUGGAGAGAGAACGGAGAAGAGGAAGAAGAAACAGUCCCGACAGAGGGAGUCCAGCUAGAGACAGGCAGAGGAGGGAGCGGGAGAGAGGGGCAAGGCAGAGCAGCAGCCGAGACCGGGAGAGGAAAGGAGACGGAGAGGGUGAGCGGGAGAGGGAGAGGAACAAGAGAAGCAGAGACAGGACGGAUGGGAAUAGAAGGAGGGGCCGCCUCAGUUCGUCUGAGUCAUCGGAGAGCUCAGGGUCUGAUGGCGAGGGUGAUAUGGUGAAAGAAAAAGAGGACAAAAAGAAACAGAGGGAGAUGAUGAAAGCUUUGGAGACACCGGAGGAGAAGAGAGCCAGAAGGCUGGCCAAGAAGGAAGCCAAGGAGAAGAAAAGGAGAGAAAAGAUGGGCUGGAGUGAGGAGUACAUGGGAUACACCAAUGCAGACAACCCCUUUGGUGACAACAAUCUUUUGGGCACAUUCAAAUGGCAGAAGGCGCUGGAUAAAAAAGGCAUCGGCCAUCUUGGAGAAAAGGACCUCAAAGAGAGGAACAAAUGUAUUCAGGAGGAGAACCGCCGAGAGCUGCAGAAGGUGAAACAGCUGCGUUUGGAGCGGGAACGAGAGAAAGCCAUGAGGGAGACGGAGUUGGAAAUGCUGCAGAGAGAGAAAGAGGCGGAGCACUUCAAGACCUGGGCGGAACAGGAGGACAACUUCCAUCUACAGCAGGCCAAACUGAGGUCAAAGAUCAGAAUUCGAGACGGUCGCGCCAAGCCCAUUGACCUUUUGGCGAAGUACAUCAGUGCUGAGGACGACGAUUUGGCUGUGGAGAUGCACGAACCCUACACUUUCCUCAAUGGACUGACUGUCACCGACAUGGACGAUCUGCUAGAGGACAUAAAGGUGUACAUGGAGCUGGAGCAGGGCAAAAAUGUGGACUUCUGGCGGGACAUGACGACCAUCACAGAGGACGAGAUCAGCAAACUGAGAAAACUGGAGGCCUCUGGGAAAGGACCAGGCGAUCGCCGUGAGGGCAUCAACACGGCCGUGAGCACCGACGUUCAGUCCGUGUUCAAAGGCAAAACGUACAGCCAGCUGCAGGCGCUGCACCUCAACAUCGAGGGCAAGAUCCGCGCCGGGGGGUCCAACCUUGACAUCGGUUACUGGGAGAGCCUCCUGCAGCAAGUCAGGGUCUACCUGGCCAGAGCUAGGUUGAGAGAGCGCCACCAGGACGUGCUGCGCCAGAAGCUGUUCAAGCUGAAACAGGAACAGGGGGUGGAGAGCGAGCCAUUGUUCCCCAUCAUCAAGGAGGAGCCGAGAAGCGAGGAAGACGGGAUAAGGACCAGAGAGACGGAGGAGGAGGAAGAGGCGGGCCCGUCUACAUCCGCAGCAGCAGGAGGCCCAGACGAGGACGGAGGAGAGAAGGGCGAAGGGAAGGAGGAUGAGGAAGGGAAGGACGAGGCGGCGGAGGCGGUCUUGACCGAGGAGGAUCUCAUCCAGCAGAGCCAGGCGGAGUACGACUCGGGCCGCUACAGUCCAGCGCUGCUCACGUCCUCCGAGCUCCCGCUGGACACUCACACCAUCACCCCGGAGGAGGACGCGCACCGGCUGCAGUUAGCCCGCCAGCAGCUGCAAGUAACCGGUGACGCCAACGAGAGUGCGGAAGACGCCUUCGUGCGGCGAGCCAAACAGGGGAUGGGCAACGAGGAAGCCCAGUUCAGCGUGGAGUUCCCGCUCACGGGGAAAAUGUACCUGUGGGCGGACAAAUACCGCCCCAGGAAGCCCCGCUUCUUCAACAGGGUCCACACGGGCUUCGAGUGGAACAAAUACAACCAGACGCAUUACGACUUCGAUAACCCUCCGCCGAAGAUCGUCCAGGGCUACAAGUUCAACAUCUUCUACCCGGACCUGAUCGACAAGCGCUCCACCCCGCAGUACUUCCUGGAGCCCAGCCCGGACAACAAGGACUUUGGGAUUUUGAGGUUCCACGCCGGUCCACCGUACGAGGACAUCGCUUUUAAGAUAGUGAACAGGGAGUGGGAGUACUCGCACCGGCAUGGCUUCCGCUGUCAGUUUGCCAACGGGAUCUUCCAGCUGUGGUUCCACUUUAAGAGGUAUCGCUACAGAAGGUGAAGGGUGCAGGCCAGCAGGGCCCCAAGCCUCAGGGACCGGGUCUUACGCAUUCGUUUCUAUAUUAUUUACAUUGUAGUAACUGCACUUUGAGAUAGCCUUUUAGCUGGUUUUUAUUUCAAAUAAACAGAGCUAAAGCUAUACUCAAAGCCCAAUCAGUGCUGUCUGAAAAAGUCCAUUGUAAUUGUAUUUUGCAGUGACAUAUUAAAGUUUUUUUUUUUGUAACGCUUCUGUUGUCAAGUUUUACAUGAAAAAUACAUCAACUUUGUAGGUUUCAAAAGCCUGAGCUCACACAUGUAGGCAUGAAAAUGAUGCAGCACCUAAACUGUCAGCAUUCUUGGCAAAAAAAUAAAUAAAAUCAGACACCAAAGUUUUUU